GCCACUUUGCAGUGCGAAAACUGAGUUUAUGGUGAAAAUAACCAAACACGUUCCCCAUCAAUCCAGUAGAGGCAAUUUUGCGGUCCCACUAUACUGUUGGAAUCGAUUUUUCCUUUCCAAAAACGAGCGCAACGAGGUGAAACUGAUUCAACGCUCUCUCUCUUUCUCUCUCUAAACCAAAAUCUUUUGCUCUGUUCUAUUCUGGCUUCGCUAUGAGCUCAGACACGGGUAGAGAACGAAGUGCAUCAAAUUUGGUGGAAAGGAAAUUUCAAUGUAAAGCAGUUUUGUUUUUGGCAUACCAGAGUUUAGGCUUUCUGUUUGGUGACUUGAGCCUCUCCCCUCUUUAUGUCUAUCAAAGUAUAUUUUCUGGAAGACUGAAACAUGUUCAAAAUGAGGAUGCAAUAUUUGGCGCUUUUUCUUUGAUCUUUUGGACCUUUUCUCUUAUUUCUUUCUUGAAGUAUGCCGUUCUCAUAUUAAGUGCAGAUGAUAAUGGUGAAGGGGGAAUCGUAGCAUUGUAUUCACACCUUUGCAGAAAUGCAAAAUUUUGUUUGCUUCCUAAUCAUCAAGUCUCUGAUGAGGAGCUUUCUACAUAUCACGAACCUGGUUGCUUGAAUAGAAAUUUACCACCCUCAUCUUUGAAAAAAUUCAUUGAGAAACAUAAGAGUACAAAAACUGCUUUGCUUAUUUUAGUUUUACUGGGUGCUUGCAUGGUAAUUUGUGUUGGUGCACUCAUGCCUGCUAUUUCAGUUCUUUCAUCCAUUGAAGGGCUGAGAAUUGAAGCAAAGAUUACUAACAACAGUAUGGUGUCUCUAAUUUCUUGUGUUCUACUGAUUGGACUCUUUGUUCUGCAACACCGUGGCUCCCACAAGGUUGCCUUCAUGUUUCCUCCCAUAAUCAUCAUAUGGUUACUGUCUAUGUUCUUGAUUGGCAUUUACAAUGUCAUCAAGUGGAAUCCAAGAAUAUAUCAGGCUCUUUCUCCAUAUUAUAUAUACAAGUUCUUUUCGGUUACAGGAAGAGAUGGUUGGGCUAAUCUUGGAGGAGUAUUUCUGUGUGUUACAGGAACUGAAGCUAUGUUUGCAGACCUUGGAUAUUAUGGACAACCACCUGUAAGGGUUGCAUUUUAUUGUAUCAUAUACCCAUGUCUAGUUCUUCAAUACAUGGGGCAGGCUGCUUUUCUUUCAAAGAAUUUAUCUGCAGUGCCCAUAAGCUUUUAUGCUUCUAUUCCAGAUUUUCUAUUUUGGCCAGUAUUUGUGGUGGCUGCUUUGACAGUAAUAGUUGCAAGUCAGGCUGUCAUCUCUACAACAUUCUCAAUUGUCCAACAAUGCCAUGCAUUUGAAUGUUUCCCUCGUGUUAAGGCAGUACAUUCCAGAAGGUGGAUCCGCGGGCAGACAUAUAUACCAGAGAUAAACUGGAUUCUUAUGAUAAUCAGCCUGGCUGUUACAGUUGGUUUAGGAGACAUGAACCAUACAGGAUAUGCUUAUGGGAUUGCAUAUCUGAUUGUGGUGUUUGUGAUCACAUUGUUGACAUCACUAGCUAUCAACCUUGUAUGGCAUCAAAGUCUUGUAGUUGCUCUGGCAUUUGCUUUAUUCUUUGGUUUGAUAGAGCUUCUCUUCCUUUCAUCGUAUUGCAUGAAAAUCCCUAAAGGUGGCUGGGUUCCACUCUUGCUUUCUGCAGUUUUCAUGGUUGUUAUGUAUGUGUGGCAUUAUGGUUCUAGGAAAAAGUAUUUAUUUGACAUGCAUAACAAAGUUUCAAUGAGGUGGAUCCUUACAUUGGGUCCUAGUCUUGGGAUUGUUAGGGUUCCAGGAAUGGGGCUUAUCUACACUGAAUUGGCUACUGGAGUUCCUGCCAGUUUUACUCAUUUCUUGACAAAUCUGCCAGCUUUCUACCAAGUGGUUGUUUUUGUUUGUGUUAAGACUGUACCUGUGCCUUGUGUUCCCCAUGAGGAACGUUACCUCAUUGGCAGAAUUGGGCCCAAAUCUUACCGAUUGUACCGGUGCAUUGUUCGAAAUGGCUAUAAAGAUGUGUAUAGCCAUGAAAAUGAUUUUGAAAAUGACCUGGUGAUGAGCAUAGCAGAAUUCAUUCAACUGGAGGCAGAGGGUUGUUCUGGAAAUGUAGAUGGUUCAGUGGAUGGUCGGAUGGCAGUGGUUAGGACAUCCGGGAAGUUUGGGACAAGGUUGCUAAUGUCAGAAUCAGCUGGUGUUGAAGAAAGCAGCAGUGUUAAUCUUCCUGGAGCUUUGACUGUUACUAGCAGUAAAUCUCCUACAUUGAAGAAGCUGCAGGCCAUGUAUGAGCAGGAGUCCCCUGAACUCAACUCUAGACGGCGGAUUCGAUUUGAGUUGCUCAAUAUAAUAUAUAAAGAUCCCCGUGUCAAGGAAGAGCUCAUGGAACUAGUAGAAGCCAAGCGUGCUGGAGCAGCAUAUGUAAUAGGUCAUUCCCAUGUGAAGGCCAAGUGGAACUCGUCAUUUGCAAAGAGGUUUGCUGUCAAUCUCUACUCUUUUCUCCGAAAAAAUUGUCGGUCCCCUGCUGUAGGACUAAACAUUCCUCAGAUUUGUCUGAUUAAGGUAGGAAUGAAUUACCAUGUUUAGCAUUAAGUCGGUGACUCCAUUUUGACUGGGGAUGUAAUAUAUGCAAGCCAGAAUAGAGACCCCCUUGGGCUUCCGCGACUGGCAAGAUUAUGCUACUUCAGCAGAUUCAUCUUAUAGAUGGAUGUCACUCGAGAAUCUCCUCUUGGCAUGUUUGAAGAAAGAACUGCAACUAAUUGCCAAGAUGUUUUGAUUUAGUGAUGGUGCUGGCAAGGUAUGUAAAUUACUAAAUUGUUUAAGGAGUUUUGUUGGGGUUCCCCUACCCUUUUAUUGAGUUUGAGCUUCCCACACUAGGGAAUCACGUCUGUCUCAACGGCUUCGCCUGUUCUGUUAAAUACUCUGCAUGUAGCAUCUAUUGCUGCCUUUGUACUUACUGAAAUAUCUUUUUUGUCGUUGUUGCAAUCUUCCCCAAGGAAAUUAUCUGUAUUUUGAAAGGAGCCAUAUUUUUGUACUUUGGAUUUGAAUUUUGGUUCGAAAAUUUAUUAAUUAAUUUUGGCUACUGUGAAAUUUAUCUUUCUAGUUUGCUUUGCUUGCU